UGGUAGAACCAUUCCACUUGCUAAAUAUAAACCGGUUUAACGAGAAAAAAGAAAAUGCUUUAAGUGGUAGAUUGGUUUUCUUUGGAGGCGCCCAUUACAGUUACUUUUUCCUCUCACCAACCUAUAGAAGUUUUCAAGAGCCGGUAGAAAAGUCACCGUAACAAAAUCCCAAAAUUAACGAAAUUCCGAAGUUUGAGGAGAAGACUCAAUGCUGACGUAGACUCGGUUCGGUUGGUUUCUGAAAGAUUUUAAAGAUAUUUUGUGAUCCAAGUGAUGCGCCGCCGAAUACCCGAACCCGAUGGCAUGCCUCUCUUCUGCUCAACCCAACCCUUUUGCUGCUCGGACUCUGGCUCUCUCUUCUGCAGAUUGACGCUGUUGUUGUAGCAGAAAGUAGAUUCCACCAGAGAAUUCAGGUACCAAUCUCGUUUUUCUGGCUUAAAAUCAAGUAAUUCUGUUCGUAUUUCCUGGUUUAAACUUUGGUCUGCUUUCAUUGUAAAGGGAAAAUGGCAACUCUUUCUCCAUCACUUGCAAUAUCGACCUGCGGCUGCCGCAAUUGUGGAGCUCUCAAGCCUUCUAAGCUCACACUCGCCACACAGUCUAAAAAGGGUUCACAGGGAUUCCCAAAAAUCAUUGAUCCCGGGAGGAGUUUGUUGCUGAGUCAAGUUGCAUCAAAUGGUGCAUGUAGAAGAAACCCCAGCUUGGCAGUGGAAGCCAAAUCGCGACCUUCUUCUCAGGAGGUAGUUGCUCCGGGCAUUAAAGUCGAGGAUCCGUCGACAGUGUCAACUUACCUCUUCAGAACCCAAUUUGGCGGGUUUGUGAAGGUUUCUGUCGGGAAGAAGAAGAACUCCAACUAUGUGGUGUACAUUGAAGUUUCAUCCUUGGAAUUGGAAAUCAGGGACUGUCGGCUGGUUAUGGUUUGGGGUAUCUACAGAUCCAAUUCCUCAUCGUUCUUACUCCCUUUGAAUAGUCCGGAUCCGGAUUCGCCAUCACGAGAUGAUGGAACCAUGGAUAACUCGUUCCUGCAAAUUUCUCCUGGUAAGUUCAUUGUUCAGUUGGCAUUCGAAGCAAGGCAACCCCCAUUUUACCUCUCGUUCCUCCUGAAGCCUAUGAGGUCAGGGGUUGAUGUCAGUGGUGGCUUGGAAAUCAGGAGCCACAGGAAGACUAAUUUCUGUGUGCCAGUUGGGUUUCAUCCUGGUUCUCCGACCCCAUUGGGUCUUUCCUACUCAGCAGACGGCUCAAUGAAUUUUGCAUUGGUUUCAAGAACUGCACAGAGUGUAGUUUUAUGCUUGUAUGAUGAUGACACUAAGGUUGACAAACCUGCUUUGGAGAUUGAUCUGGAUUCCUAUGUGAAUCGAACUGGUGAUGUUUGGCAUGCAUCAAUAGAAGGUGGUCAGACAUUUCAGAGUUACGGGUUUAGAUGCAUUCCAAAAGGGAUUGAUCGAUCGAAGGUAGACCAUGUUCUUUUGGAUCCAUAUGCCAAAGUCAUUGUUAAUCCAUUAAUGAAGGGUAAAACUAGUUUGCUGCAAAACAAGUAUCUAGGGCGAUUGUGCAAGGAGCCUGAUUUUGAUUGGACUGGUGAUGUUCAUCCUAACUUGCCAAUGGAGAAACUAGUGGUAUACCGGUUGAAUGUUGCUCGGUUUACACAAAACCAGUCUAGUCAACUCUAUAGCGAUGUCUUGGGAACUUUUGCUGGUGUGAUUGAGAAGGUGAAGCAUCUUAAAGAUCUCGGUGUAACUGCAGUUCUGAUGGAGCCAAUAUUUCCAUAUGAUAAGCAACAAGGGCCAUAUUCUCCUCUGCAUUUCUUUUCACCAUCAAACCUGUAUGGCCAUUCUGGUGGUUCAACAUUUGCCAUUAGUUCAAUGAAAGAGAUGGUGAAGACAUUACAUGCCAAUGGCAUAGAGGUUUUCAUGGAAGUUAAUUUCACUCAUACCGCAGAAUAUGGGGCAUUACAAGGUAUCGACGACUCAUCCUAUUAUCAUCAUGGGAAGAAAGUAAAUGGCUCAGGAUCAAACAGUGCAUUGAAUUGUAAUUAUCCUGUUGUUACAAGCCUGAUUCUGGAUAGUCUUAGGUACUGGGUAUCUCAGUUUCAUGUUGAUGGUUUUUGCUUCCUAAAUGCUUCCUAUCUUCUUAAAGGAUUUCAUGGGGAAUCAUUAUCUCGACCCCCUUUGAUCGAAGCAAUUGCCUUCGACCCUCUACUGUCAAAGACCAAGAUAAUUGCAGAUUUUUGGGAUCCUCGAGAAAUGUUGUCAAAAGAAACAUUGUGCUUUCCGCACUGGAAGAGGUGGGCUGAAAUGAACACAAAAUUCUGCCAUGAUGUUAGAAGCUUUUUGAAGGGUGAAGGUCCUCUCAGUAGUCUUGCAACUCGCCUUUGUGGGAGCGGAGAUAUUUUCUCCAAUGGGCGAGGACCUGCUUUUUCAUUCAAUUAUGUCGCCCGAAAUUCUGGACUCUCACUUGUGGACUUGGUCAGUUAUAGCAGUGAUGAGCUGCUAGCUGCUGAACUGAGCUGGAAUUGUGGGGAAGAAGGUCCUACAAGCAAAACCAUGAUCCUCGAAAGGCGGCUUAAACAGAUUAAGAACUAUCUAUUCAUUCUCUUUGUUUCAUUAGGUGUACCUGUUCUGAACAUGGGUGAUGAGUGUGGCCAAUCUUCUGGAGGUUCCACUUCAUACUUACAUCGGAAACCACUCGAUUGGAGUUUACUCUCAACAGGGUUUGGCAUCCAAACCACGCAGUUCAUCUCAUUCUUGAGUGCAUUAAGAGGAAGAAGAAGUGACCUUUUUCAGAAGUGGAACUUUUUGGAUGUAGAAAACAUUGAAUGGUAUGGAAAUGAUCAGUCUCCUCCAAAGUGGGAUGAUCCAUCAAGCAAAUUCUUGGCUAUGGCAUUGAAGGCAGAUCGGUCUGAGAGCAUGAUUGAUCCGGAAUCUGGCUAUUUGAAGAAGGGUGAUUUAUUUAUGGCAUUUAAUGCGGGGCGCAAAAUGGUCAGUGUUCUUUUACCUUGUGCACCUGAAGGGAUGGAAUGGCGUCGGCUGGUUGAUACAGGUCUCCCUUAUCCAGUGUUUUUCUCGAGUAAUGGUGAGCCUGUUGAUGAGCAGAUGCAAGGAUUAGUUGUUUAUGAAAUGAAAUCUCACAGCUGUGUUUUGUUUGAAGCUAGCAGUUGUGAUGAUUAAUAAGGGAAGAUUCUCGCUCAUUUGGUUUCUAGAAUGCAACAGUUGUAAUUAUGGGUUUUGGGUUCCUUUUAGAAUAAGGCAUCAGUUGGUGAGAUUAGAAAAUAACGAUUGCCCACAAAGGCAACUUAGCUACGAAUGCAGUGAUCAUUCAUCUGCUAUAUUCUUUCUUUUCUGGCUCAUAUAAGCACAUGCACUUUUAUUUGAUCUUGCACAGAGCUUGGAGUCUGUCCUUUUCCCAAAUCAAAAAGGGGAGGGAGAUUAAAUUAGAGGUGGCAAAUAUCACAACCCAACCCACUUUACUCCAUCUAACAUAUGUUCAACUUGGCAAAGAGCAGGGGGAAAUGAAAUGAACUUUUUAUG